UCGGACAGUGACAGGCACGAGGUAAACUGAGGCCCGUGGUGUGAUGCUUCGUUCCUCAUUAUUUCAGUUCAAAACUUUCUACAUAAAUGAUGUGCCGCGUAAUAAGUGCUGGAGAGCUCUGGAAGUACUGGUCAAAACGCCGUUUUGGACAACUAGAAGAUUUUCCUGCGCGGUGUCGACGCACAUACUCGUCGAUGAAGGCGGACAAAAGGACGAGAGUAAGGAAAACACCCGUGUGUACCGAACUGGUGACUUUCCCGACCUGGCGCACGACAGGACGUCGAAGCAAAGAUUGCGUCUACUGCUGCGGCAGCAUAGACUAAGGCUUAAACAUGGCCUACGAGCACCACAGGAAUUGUCCCCCCAGGAUGUGCUUGAUUUGCUCGCGUUAAGCUCGUUUCGUAAGAGAUGCCGCUUGUUUGAAUAUCUAUUCUACAAAGAACAAAAGCGUUUGCGCCAGCACCGACGAGAAGUGAACUUUUUACCAUCAGUGAAGGAGGACAAACCAUCUUUCAAAAGGGAAUUUUUGCCUCACACAGCAGAUCGUAUUGAAGACUACGGCCUUUUCAGGAAUAGUUUUCUCAUACGUAUCCGAGAGACGACCAUAAACAGAUAUUACGAGUCAAGGCAAAUACCAGCAGUGCUGUUUGGCCAGAGUGUUGUGUUCGAUCUAGGUUACGACAAUGUAAUGUCUCCAAGAGAAUGCAACAAAGCCGCCAGAGACCUGCUUGAGGCCUACGGGUGUAACAGAUGCAGUUGCGAUCCGUUUCACCUCCAUUUUUGUAAUGCAUCUCCAAACGGAGCUACUGCACGAAUCUUGCAGGACGAGCUGUUCGCAGCAUCUGAACACAAAUUGUUGUCGGAGAUUACACCAAGCAGCUACUUGGACAUGUUUCCAAAAGAAAGACUUGUGUAUCUAACCCCAGACAGUGAAAACACAUUGGAUGUCUUUGAUUACGAUGCAGUAUACGUAAUUGGAGCGCUCGUAGAUAAAGAGACUAAGGAAGGUGCUACUCAUGCCAAGGCAACUUCUGAAGGCUUGAAGACUGCACGGUUUCCACAGACAUUUACUUGGCACUGGGAGACGAACGUAUCAAAAGCGCUGCACUUGAAUGAUGUUUUCAAGGUCUUGCUUGCUCUAAAGCGAACAAACAGCUGGAAAUAUGCGUUAAAGUACUUAAACUCUAAGGUGACUGUUCUGCAGGAAUCGAGUAGCAUUUGUGUUCCAACUACUUCGCAGUGCCAAACUCAACACGGCUGCAUAGUUUCUAGCAGCAGUAUUGAAGCGACAUUAUAAGCAGUGUUCUGAACAGUGCAGUGUUGUCCUUGUGCAGAGUUCGUUUCUGAACUGAAAUACGGAAGCAAAGCUGGAAUUGUCAAUAGCUGUGUCACGCAUUCAGAAUUUGAAUCAAACUGUAUGAGUAACUACUUCUAGGCAAAUCAAAACUUCAUUAUGAUGGAGGCAUGGUUCUGUAUAAAUUUUUUUUCCUGGCAAUUUUGGGAGCCCAAACGUCCUUUUCCCAACUAUAGUGUACUGCUAAUUAUGUGGCAUUGGUUCAUUUCAACUUGCUUUUAAUUCGACCUUGUACAAAAGUUCCAAGAUGUGCCCAAGCAUUUUGAAGACCGCUCUUUUAAUCUGAACCAAUUUUGCAUCUGCUAUUGGAGUUGAAUUCAAAGAGGUUGACCGUAUUUCCUCUGAGCAUAAGACUGCAUUAUUUUGGCAGGCUGCAGGAUGUAAUGCAUCAUGCUGGUAGAAUUUACAUGAGCUUUCUAAAUUAUGAUGCUCAUUAGCCUGCUCCAGCUUAACUAUUCCAUGACAGUGUUUCAACUACCUGAGUACAGAGCAACUUUGAGCCACUAACAGAAUGAAACUAAUGUGCUUGAUUUGAAACUGUAAUACACUGCUGGCUGAGUGACCAAAAAAAGUCAACUGCCAAUGUAGCCCCUUCAGUAGUACACUUAUCACAGCUUGCAUAGCUGUUCUGACAUCAACACACAUUUGCUUUCCUUUUCAUUUCAGUGCCAAAUUUCGGAGUCCAAAAAUUGAAACUUAAUUUCACUAGCAUGAGCUACUACUUACUGUGCAAUCAUUAUGCUAAAAUCCACAGAGCCAACAUUUGAAUGUUGCAUGCAUGAAAAAAAAAAAAGUCGGAAAUAUGAUGCUUAGCAAAACUUACAACUUUGGAAAGCUUCCUGAGCAAUGUUUGUUGAACAACAGUGACCGAGCAACCAGUUGAAGUCACUUCUAAAAUCUGCAUAGAACUGCAGUAAUGUGUAGCAUCCCAGGUGUAUAUGCAAUGCAAAUGUUUUUUGUAUGCUGAAUACCAGAACAGCUGAUAUGUAGGCAGCAGUGCUCUCUGUUUUUCUCAUGUUCUCUUGUACUUCAUCGAGCUUUCUGCCAAAAUACCUGCCAUACUGAUUUAGGGGCUGUGGUGUUCUACUGCUGACCAUAAGCUCUGUUCCGAUUACAGUCACAUUCCAAGGGAAAUUUUAUGCAGCAAAGCUUGUGUACUGUGCUGUGGUUACACAUAACUCCAAGUGAUCGAAAUUAAUCCGAAGCCCUCCACUAUGGCAACUUUCGUAGCCCAUGUGAUGGUUCGAGAAAUUAAAGGCAAUAAAUGAAUUAAUCAGUUAAAAUGCCUGCCUGCUCUUGUCAGUUGCAUUCUUAGCUGUUUGAAUGCCAUGAGUAAAGUAAAAACAGAUAGUCUAGAGAUGUAGUGCUUUGCGUAUUUACUGCUUGACUGCCAAGUUGUUUUCCCAUCUGCUCCUCAGCCCCUGCCAGCUUUUUUCCGCGUGUUGGUUUAGUCACAUUUUGUGCUACAUAAAAUCUAGUUUUUUUGUCGCUUUUUCUCAUUUCAGUAUCUGUGAACAGAAUAUAAUUUCCUUCGUUUAUCAUAGUCCGGAUGGACAGGCCUGUCACAAUGGCCAUGGCCAUGGCUGCUCUUACAAUCUUCAGCCCCGGCCAUUCUUUUCUCUGUGUUGGUUUAGCGGACAUUUCAUGCUACAUAGAAACUGGUUCUCCGUCAUCGGUUUCUUCCAAUUCAUAAUUCAUCAACAGUUCCUAAAUUUCUUUGCCUGUCACAGUGCGAAGUGACCUGACAACACUAUUUCUCCAUUUCUUCACUGCCAAGACAGAGUGACAGAGCACCGAGACAUUUGCUCCACCUGCUGUGAAAAAUUUAGCUUUCAAGUGUUUUUGUGUUUAGAUGAUCUCCCCAUAGACACCCGAACAUGUACGCAGUGUUCCUUUUUUUGCAAGAGUUGCUUCUGGAAAGGCAAAGAGAUCACUGAAAUCACAAAACGAAUAUAUUAGGGAGUGGCUAGGGCUGUGCGCGAGUGGGUGCCCGAGUUAUCUCGGGAGUGGCAGUGAAAGGUAAUGCUGAGAAUGCAGGAGAAAGCAUCUAACAUGGUUUGUACAACAAGUUGUCUAACUACAAGCACAGAUCGCUGUGAAUAGAGAUUUCAAGUCAUUAAACAUCCAGCUUACUUGAAAUUAUGAAUGCAACCACAACUUUGGCCUUUGCAAAACUUGGAACUUUAAUUCCAUGUUCUGUUCAGGUUGAAUUCAAAGUUGACUUGCAUCAGGUGGACAAGGUGCAAGAAAAUAAAUUUUGAAGCACUGGCCUGAUUUUAGCAAAUUUAAGACAUAUUUACACCAUUACUACAAGCCUCUGUGCGAAAUUUCCUUAUUUUGAUUCAAUUAUGACUGGUACAAAUGUUAGUCAUCUUGCUUGCUUGGAAAACUAGCAGAAGAAAUUAACUGAGUGCGUGCGAAGUUGCAGUGCCCUAGGUUGUACAAGGAUAGCCCAGGUUGUGUUGAAUGUGGAGGUUUUUCUAUACUGUAUUCUUUUUACCACUCCUUUAAUGACACUACCUUUUUUCUGCUUCCACUCUGCCUAAAAAAUUUAGAAAAAGCUUGAAGAGAUCUGAGUCGGCGGUUGCCUUUCCGAAUAAAUUUUGGUUCAUAAGCUAUCUUAACAUAGGCAAAUAUUAUGUAAUGGAAGUAAUAGUUUCCCUAAAUUAAUACUUUUAUGGCAAGGUGCAAAAUGAGAAAAACGAGUUUAAGUUUCUGAACUCUGGUGCUUCAUUUGCAGUUAAUAUAUGUUUCUCAAAACAUACCAUUAGCACAUUUUAGGUCAUUGUCUUGAACUUCGGAUUUCUGCUGAGCAAUAUCCUCGAGCUUUAUGUAUUUCAUGGCAUAUUUUCACCUUGCAAAGGUGGCACACGAGCACAUCCCCUAGCUUUAUCUGAUGAUGCACAAGCAAGUUACCCUUACAGCAUUACAUUUGCCAUUACAGCCAAGAAUUAACUGAACACUAACGCCGUGACAAAAUUUAAUUCUAGCAAGUCUCUGGCUUUGUCCAGAGUAGAAAACUGUGUUUUUACGUAUGUUAUAAACAAAAUGGUAAGCAUACAGUCAGCCAUUGCUGCUUACAGCUGUACAGUAUCACCAGUUUGAGUUAAAUGCUUAAGUUACUAUAGCUGGGCGGGCAUUUUAUUGAGCUUGGCAAGUGUUUUUCACCUCACAUUUGCUGUUGAAGGAAAUUGUUUGGAGCUCUCUCUCUCGCAACAUUGGAGAAGAGAUGAUUUGGUGCUUUCCAAUGACAGGCUCGAACAGUGUCCAAGGCACACCUGCCUUGGACACUGGCUCGUUGUUGUGUGAUAUUGUGAAAUGGUGUGGCGGUUCCAGUGAAAAGAUUGGUAUCGCUUACAGCUGUUUUGUCAGCCAUUUAACAGUUCUCAUGUCUUUCUUUACGUUAUUAUCUUGGCAAGAUUGAAAGGUUGGGAAACAAGCUUUUAGAAAUGUUGACAUGCACGGCUAUGGUCAUUCUUCGCUAUGCAAGCGCAAGUUG